UGCGUUAUCCAUCGCAUCAAGUUCGGCAGUUUGAACACUCUUGGCAAAAGGGAGGGGUUUCCCCUCCUCAACGACUAGACUUUAAUUUCCAACUAUCCACUAUCUACAUUUUCCUGAGAUUCCAUGCGCCAGUUGCUCUCCAGGCCCUAAAAUUAGUGUCAGCUUUUCGCUUUUCCUCCGAGGGAAAAUUCGUAUUAUUAUUAUUAUUUUUUUUUGCGAAUUGGACAAAUUUUCAUCGAAAAAGUGAAUUAUUUGUUUUUUUUUAUUAUUAUUAACAAGUGAAAAACAGUGGAAGCGGUUAUUUUCAAAAUUUCAUUUUUGCAUUUUUACGAAUAUUUUCUAUUUCCUGUUUACUGUUAUUUUACCAUCGCCAGCUGUCCGGAUGCUAUUUGGACCUUGAGAUAUUUUCUGGAUUACUUCGAAUAAUUUUUCUUUUUUCCUUUUUGCAAAAUUAAGUUAUUAAAAUGAAUUCAACAAUGUCACCACUUUAUAAUCUUCGAUGGGGUGAUUAUCUGCCAAAUAUGCUCAAUGUUUUUGAGCAAUUACUGAAGAAAGAGGAAUACACCGAUGUUACAUUGUGGUUAGAUUCAGGACAAAUGGUGGUUAAAUGUCAUAAAAUUAUUUUAGCCGCUUGCUCAACAUUUUUCGAGGAUAUUUUCUCGAGCAUGAAAACAAAGGGUCAUGCGAACGUUGUUCUCACUGACAUCAAAUAUGCCGAUGUUAAACCAAUUUUAGAAUUUAUCUACAAAGGCGAAAUUAAUGUCACUCAAGAGGAACUUCAGGGCAUUUUAAAAACAGCCAAUUUCUUAAAGAUAAAGGGUCUAAUUCCCGAGUACAACGACAAGUACGAUUCGAAAUUCGAGCCGCAAGUUAAUAUCACGACAUGUGAAGCUGACAGCAAUGCGGAAACUUCAGAUCAACGAACUCCAUGUUGUUCUCAUAAAUGUGAGGAGAAACCGCAUGUUGAAGAUCGUCCAAAAUCACAAAAACAACAACAACAACAACAUCAAGAACAACAAAAACAACAACAACCCAAUUGGCAACAACAAAUGGAGCAGGAACAAAUUUCACAGCAUUAUUUGUCUGAUACGAAUAUGGAGACACCCAUAAAGAGGGUAAAACAGGAGCCAGUCUAUGAGGAGACGCCAUUAAUAAAAAAUGUUGCGGAGAAAAAUUCACGAAAACGUAGUAACGAUAAUCAUUCGCGUCCAUCGAAUAGUUACGAACAACAACCUCCAUGUCCACAGAGUAGUAAUUCAGUGCACGAGCGUCCGAAAGAUAAUUACGAUUACUACUUGUCCGAUUAUAGUAUUUCCGAAGAUUAUUAUAAACAGAAACAGGAUCAAAGCAAUACGAAGAGUCAGAAGAAGAAUGUCAAGCAAGAUCCAGCGAAUCCUGCUGCAGGAGCAAAGGAAUGGCGAAAAUACAAAAAAUACACACCCGAAGAAUUAGAAGCAGCUCUACAGGCAAUGCGAAUGGGUCUCUCGCCAAUUGCAGCCUCCAAGGAAUUCAAUGUACCGUCUCGCACUCUAUACGACAAGGCUAAAAAAUUGGGCAUCGACACCAAGGACAUACGACGAAAUUGCAACAGAAGCGCCGCAUUUCCAAUUGGCAUCGGUCGAAAUAUUAAUAAUCGCAUUUACAGACGAUUCCAGGAAAAUGACUACGACGAAAUGACGACAAUCCCCAUAGAAAAUUUGAAACACGAAACAAUAGAGAAUUACAAGUCUGAAACAAUUGAACCAAGUGAACCAAUUGAACCACCCGCCGAACGUGACGCAAUUGAAUUGUUGACCUAUCAACGACCUGAUCUUCAAAUACGACCCUCAACUUCCGAUUCAAAUUAUGAAAAUACAGCCGAAGAUCUUUCAAUUAAACACGAGACAAGUGUCAUCACGUUAAAUCCAAAGACUUAACAUUCCUUACAUUCUUAAUUUUUUGGAAUAUAUAAAAAGUUACAAAUCACUACGCGUUUGAAUUGUAUAUAAAUAUUUUUGUGCGAAUUACACAAAAGAAAAAAAAUCAUUUCAUAUCGUGUCCAAAUUCGUAAUAUUUGUAACUUUUAAGCUCGAAAAUAAGAAAAUAUUCCAACGAACUACCUCAGAAACUUUCCGUCUUUCUGUUUUUUUUUUUAAUUUUUUUUUUUAAAUUUUUUAAAAGUGGCAAUAAAGAAUAAAGCAUUUUAGCACGAAGA